AUGAGAGACUAUAUUCCUCUUGUCAACCUCCAGCACUCAGCGGACUCCCUAGCCACUGUUGCCUUUUAUAAUACCGAGCAAUACACUCAAAAGGCCUCGUCUGUGAUCCAAGGAUACUACCACCUCCCUUAUACGGGAGCUGAGCACAGUAAAGGUGAUGGCGCCGACGAAGCAGCCAAAUAUUCAAAAGCAUUCGUCAAGGGCCACAAGCUAGCUGUGAAAGUUGCCAACCUCAUUAAUCAUGGGGGAUCUACUCUUCCAGUCCCGUUGAAAGUGACAGGCAGCGGGUUAGUCGGGGGAUCACCCUGCGAAGGGCACGCCCGCCUGAGCGAAGGUAUAACCUGGUUUGAGAAAACUCACUUCCAUCAUCAUCCCCUCAAACCCGAAGGUAGCAAUUUCACAGCCACCCAUUAUCUCCAUUUCUCUACACCGUUGGCGCAUAUUAUACCGGGAGCAGAAGGACGAACGCAGCCCAUGGACCUUGUCCAAGAGAUCACCCUUAUAUCCGGUAUGUGCCUCUGGACCUCAAAGAUCAUCCAGGCCAGUAUGCCACGUGGGCAACGGCUUGACGCGCAGAGGCUCUUAUCUACAAAAAUUACCUUGUACGAGGUUGAAUAUCUCUCUCGCGCCGUCCCGGUCAUUGCCGAUUUAGCUACGGCUAUAUCCGUGAAUAAUCCAUCUAAGCCAACAGGACUAAACAUCUGCCUCGACAUCCCCAGCUUCCACUACUACCACUCCCUCGAGGAGCGUCUCCGCGACGGAUGUUGUACCUUCUUCGAGGCACUUCGAUGGAUGCACGCCGUCGAGAAGCGCCACCGGCAGCUUUCCCAGGUGUUCUGCCGCCUCCUCGACCACGAGCUGUCCCGGCGGCGAGGCGUGCAUUGUCGUUCCCGAAAACCGGGAGUGCAGAUCUCGCCCUUAGCAAACCUAGUAUACCAGUUUAUUUGCGACUCUCUGGCCAACAACGUCUUCCCAGACGUAAAUGAUAUACUGCGAAUUCUUCAGUCGGAAGACCGUACAUGGGCCCAGUUCUACGCACUAGUCCCUGUGAACGAGCAAGUUACGGACUUUCAGGGACUGAGCUAUCUGUUCUACGUAUACCAAGUCCUGAGGCCGGCGUUAGAGCGGGACCAAGUCAAUGUUACACAGAGUAGUGAUGCGAAAACAAGAUUACUUAUUAGUAUCGACGACGCCUUCGAACGACGGAUCUACUCUCGGAGCCAGAAAUUUCUGAAGAAGUUGCGCGCGUCGCUGCCACCGUCUGCGGUUGUCCCCUAUCUACUCGAAGUAUAUCUAUGUCGGCGUAUAUUUAUCAACCGCAAUGAGCUAGGCUCGAAUCUCUACUUAGAUGAUCCAUCCCCUGAGCCCACCGUGUUACGAUCCGUCCAAGGAUUGGUUCCAGAAGGGAAGCAGCAACUUGUUCGAGCUCAGGAUCGACAAAAAAGUUGGUCUGAGACGGUAGAGCUUGACGCACUCGAUGUGGUAGAAGGGUUAUAUGGAUCUCAUAUAGCUGAUGUGCUCAAGAAUUUCCUUGCAGAGGUGGGACUAGGGUAUUGA